UUGUCUCCAAGAGCUCGAAGUUCCGCACUUUCAUCACGAGUUCGUCUUCGAAGCAGUCGUUUUGAUCAUUGAAGACAUGGGCGAGAGAGCUAUGGAUCUCAUUUGCGCUCUUCUCAAGUCUCUCUCCUCUUCAGCGAUCGUCACUUUGGAUCAGUUGAAAAAUGGCUUUUAUCGGGUGUUUGAGGAGAUGCCGGAAAUAAGCAUAGAUGUGCCGCACGCCUACACUAUGCUCGAGAAGUUUGCGCUGAAGUGUGAAAAGGAAGGCUUUAUUCCGAACGAUGUCCUCAAGAAUUUGCCCUCGAGGGGACGAAAGCGUUUUGUGUCGGAAGGAGACGGCGGACGAGUUAAGGACGACGUUUACUGAACGGAUACCAAAUGAAAGACAUAAUCUAUAUCUCAAAAAUGCAUUCAAUUGUCUCUUUAUAUAAUUUUUGGCCAAAAUUCUAUUGAUAUAACUGUUCGUAAUUAUC